AUGUGUGGUCAAGUUCAGACAUUCACCCUUUCAUCUGGGUCAACUGAAAAUAUUGCAUCCCCCGGUCAUCCCAAUCCGUAUCCUGCUGGCUGUACAUAUCAACAUACUUUUAAAACCACCGAAGUAAAUAAAGUCAUCCAAAUAAAGUUCACUGAGUAUGACAUGACCAAUGACAUUGAUGGAAAUGUUUGUUUUUACGCUUAUUUAACGUUAAAAGAUGUAGGAUUUAGCAAUGGACUCGAUCAACAUGUGACCCCAUCAGCUCCUGAUUUGAACAAGUGGUGGCUAUUAACGUGUGUCAAGCUCGAUAUGAGCCAAGCCGACUAUGGUACAAACACCUUUUUCAGCAACGAAGCCAGGUUGAUAUUCAAUGUCGAGUCGAACGACCCUAAUCCUGCCACCGGUUACAAUGGAAUAGUUACACUAAGAGAUAAAGUUCUACUCGAUUUUGGCGAUGUAUUUGGAGAUUCACUGAUGUAUGGAGGCAUCGUAGAAGAUAAAUCGGUUUCAUUGAAUACUCCUAAUUUCCAGUUUUAUGGACAGACCUACAGCAGUAUUUUUAUUAGCGAGAAUGGGGUAAUAUCGUUUGAUCAGCCUUUUGUAGACAACCAAGGAUUCGGAUUAGAAAAUUUACAACCACUCGACCAGUACACCCACCCUCUUAUUGCACCGUACAAAGCCGAUGCAUCAGUGCAAAGAGGGGAUGACGGUCAAGUGUUUUAUCGCAUUGAGGAAAACGAAUUGGACGACAUAAACACUAUAAUCGAAGAAGCCUUCUGUAAUGAAUUUGAUGGUGAUUUUGCUAUUAUUGUGACAUAUUUUAGAAUGCCGUUCUUUUCUUCUCAGUUGGAUGGUCUACGACUGCGUAAUUCCUAUCAAGUAAUUAUCGUUGGUCAGCAUGGCGGUGACACCUAUAUCAUUUAUAACUUUCAUGAGGUCACGUGGUAUAGUGGCGGAGGCAACAGUGGAGGAAAUAUACACACUGGCCAGGGCGGACAGCCAGCAAUGGCUGGUUUUACUGAUGGUUUGGGCUCUUCUUUUGAACUACCAUACUCGGGAACAAACGAUGUUAUACGAAUUGAUGAUGAAUCCAACGUUGGCAUGGCAGGAAGAUAUGUUUUUCGUGUGAACGGUGCAUCGAUAGUAGAGCCCGACUCACCCACUUCCCCAAUACUGACAUGCCCAUCAUCACCUGCACCGGUUCUUAACUGCGGAUCCGGUGAAUUCAUUCCGGCAACAGUCGCGUGGAGUGACCCAACGACCGUUACCUGCCUACCCCUCACAUCACCAAUAUCAUGUACACCAUCAAGUCCGCAUACAUUCACAGCAACCACGACCGUAAGUUGCUCAGCUUCCAACGCCGUUGGAGAGGGCACGUGUACGUUUGACGUCCUAGUCAAUCAAGAUACUACAGCUCCUACAAUCAUCUGCACGGAAGAUAUUACCACUCAAUCAAACAAUCCCUUGGGAACCCAAGUCGCUUAUUCCCCGCCAAUGUCGGAAGACGAAUGUGGCGUAUAUACGAGCUGCGAUCUUCCAUCGAAUUCGCUAUUCCCAUGCGGGGAAAACACUGUAACCUGUACAUCAAUGGAUAAUGUUGGAAAUCAGAAUUCAUGCUCCUUUAAAAUCACUGUAAACUGUCAACAAUUACAGCUUACCAACUGUCCAUCAAACAUAGACGUGGUUGACAGCAUGCCUUACGGAGAAGCUGUUAACUGGGAUCCCCCAACUGCUUCUGGUCAUACCAGUCUUACCAGUAACUACGAACCAGGCCACGUAUUUUUUGGUGGUACAUUUGAUGUUGUGUACAUCGCUACCGACGCUGCAGGAAAUGAGUUGCAGUGUACAUUCACGAUUACUGUUGAAUCAGACGUGUAUGGACCAGUCUCUUCUCUGUGUAGGAAGUAUAUAUUAGACACAACAUCCAAAACAUGGAAUGAAUCGGACACAUCAUGUCAGUCUAGCGGUGGUAAUCUUGCUCGAAUCGUUGGCCGAAAAACGAAUAAUUUUCUAAUCACAUCGAUCCAAGAUCAAGGUAUGAACCCUUCUGAUAUCUGGUUCGGAGCUCAUCGUGUCGAAUCGUCGUGGUUGUAUCCGGACGAUAGCCCUGUCUGUUAUUCAAACUGGGCUUCCGGGGAAGACCAGGAUGGAGAUACUUGUGCACAAUUAUGGGCACAGCCAUCGGGCAAAUGGACUUCAGAAGACUGUAGUCUAACAAAACGUUCCAUUUGUGAAUUGGCCUAGGAACUAUAAUAUCGAGAUGGUAAGAUGCCACGAAUACACCCACAUAUCGUGUUACGACAUUUAUCAAAAAUACUUGUUUUUGGAUUUGCUCUGUAUGUGACACAGUUCAAUGGUUGUGAGAGUAAUAACAAAUGACGUCAUUGAGCAGUGUGAAAAGAAGUUUGAAGACAUUAUAACUAUUAUUGUUUGAACAUAUAUUUAUAUCUUUCGUCAAAUCAAUUAAAUCAAGUCAAUUAAGGUUUGACUAAAA